GACAUGUGUAAUGACUUGGUGAAUGGUGACAACAUUGGAAACUAGCGGAAAUGGUCACUCGGUUAAACUUAAAGGCUGCUCUGUUACCAUCAUGUUAUUUUAUCACCGGAAGGAACCCUCAACAAGUGGCCUAAACGCUCACAUCUCAGAGGGAAUCAACCAUCCUUAUUGGUCCAAACCCAAUUGCCUCAAUAAUUGUCAGCCUUCUCUUCUUCUUAGUCUGGUUCACUUCUCAUUAUAUAAGAUGGGGGAGCUGGGAGGCCUUUUCUUUAAUGGGAUUUUUGGAAAUUCAGAGCUUUCAUAAGUAGGGGGAGGGAUGGGUUUGGUUUGGUUUCUGGGGUGGUUUUAUCUUCUUGCAACUGCUUCUUCGUUUGUGGAAAAAGAAAAUGAGGCAGUAGCACUAGGCCCCCGGGUGAACCAGUCAGGAGGCGUCGUACAGAUGACCAUACAUCAUGUGCAUGGACCUGGCUCGUCUCUAGCACCCCAACCUCCAGUAUCGUUCUCGGCCGUACUCGCUUGGGACGACGCACGUGUAAAGACACUGAACUCCAGGCUGACAAGGAAGGACACCCGGUUCCCGAAAUCCGUACUGACAAAGAAGGACAUCCGGUUCCCGAAAUCCGUAAGCGUCCCUCUGAAUCCAGGCGCUUCGAUUGGGUCUGGCAAUUAUUAUGUGAAGGUAGGGCUUGGCAGCCCUGCUAGGUACUACUCCAUGAUUGUGGACACCGGAAGCUCCUUGUCCUGGCUCCAGUGCAAGCCUUGUGUUGUAUACUGUCAUGUCCAGGCGGACCCUCUGUUCGAUCCUUCAGCAUCUAAGACCUAUAAAUCUUUGUCAUGCACCUCCUCUCAGUGCUCCUCCCUCGUGGAUGCCACUCUCAACAACCCCUUGUGUGAAACUUCCUCUAAUGUGUGCGUUUACACGGCCAGCUAUGGCGAUUCGUCUUACUCCAUGGGCUACUUGAGUCAAGACCUACUGACCGUGGCCCCAUCUCAGACCCUGCCUGGUUUCGUGUAUGGGUGUGGGCAAGACAGCGAAGGAUUGUUCGGGCGAGCAGCUGGUAUUCUUGGGCUGGGCCGUAACAAGCUGUCCAUGCUUGGCCAGGUGUCCUCCAAAUUCGGAUAUGCCUUCUCUUACUGUCUUCCCACCAGAGGAGGCGGAGGCUUCUUGUCCAUAGGAAAGGCUUCGCUGGCGGGAUCAGCCUAUAAGUUCACCCCAAUGACGACAGAUCCUGGGAACCCCAGCUUAUACUUCUUAAGGUUAACGGCUAUCACAGUGGGAGGCAGGGCCCUGGGAGUAGCUGCAGCCCAGUACAGAGUCCCCACCAUCAUAGACUCUGGAACAGUAAUCACCCGUCUUCCUAUGUCCGUAUACACCCCUUUCCAGCAGGCGUUUGUGAAGAUCAUGUCCAGUAAGUACGCACGGGCACCGGGAUUUUCCAUACUGGAUACUUGUUUCAAGGGUAAUCUCAAGGAUAUGCAGUCAGUCCCGGAGGUCCGACUGAUAUUCCAGGGAGGUGCUGACCUCAAUCUCAGGCCUGUCAACGUCCUCCUACAAGUUGAUGAGGGUCUUACCUGCUUGGCGUUCGCUGGAAACAAUGGAGUGGCCAUAAUUGGGAACCAUCAACAGCAGACAUUUAAGGUUGCUCAUGACAUCUCCACUGCAAGAAUUGGGUUUGCCACCGGUGGCUGCAAUUGAUUGAAAUCUAUAUUUAUAUAUAUGAAUGGGUACACACAUAAAAACAGGAGUUCAACCAUAGAUACCCUUGUCUAUGUGGUACAUAUCCUUAUAAUUCAGAAUCCCAUAAGAAAGAAGUGUAUAUACCAGUACUGUGAUUGGAGCCUGCCCCCUGCUUAAUUAAAUAGAAUCUCAUUCUGCUUGGAUUGUACAUAUGAAGGGAUAGAUUGUAUGUUGAUCAAUAUAUGUGAAAUAAAAUCUGCCCCAGCAUGUAUCUCUUCUUUGUUUCA